AUGGGCUGGACCCACUGCAUCAUUUGGUUUCUGUGGUUUUCAGUGAGUGAGUGCCAGCAGCUGUCCACCACUGAGCCUGAAAUGCACGGACAAAUCCAGUCUCCCCAAUAUCCGCGACCUUAUCCUCCCCACCUGGAAAAGCAAUGGGACCUCUGGGUUCCCAGGGGUUACCAGAUCCAGCUGUCUUUAACACAUCUGGAUAUUAAAGUUUCUGCAGGCUGCAGUCAAGACUCUCUCACAUUUUUCUACGAUGAAAAGGUUUUGGGAAGGUUUUGUGGCCAGGGAAACUCUACUGAUCACCAUGGUGACGAGACGAUCCUUUCUCCAGGCAACAAACUGACUCUCGUAUUCCAAACAAGUGACUCUACACCAGAGCAUCAACAACAUACUGGUUUUUCUGCCACGUAUAAGGCAAUAGACAUAGACGAGUGUUCCAAAACAGACCCAGGACUGGAUUCAGGUCCACUUUGCUCUCAAAUCUGUAUCAACACUGCUGGGUCCUACCGCUGCUCCUGCCACAGUGGUUACAAGCUUCAUUUAGACCAGCGCACAUGUCUGUUGUCCUGUGGUGGGUGUGUUUUUGACAAGCAUGAAGGACAUCUGUCCAGUCCAGGGUAUCCUAAACCCUCACCCCCUUUUCUCUCCUGCAAGUACAUCAUCUCUGUGGAGCCCAGAUUCAUCGUGACGCUCAACUUCAGAGACAAUUUUCACAUUGAUAAUAAAGAUAAUCAGCAUGGUUCAAGCUGCCAAGGUCACUUUUUACAGGUGACCAUUCCAGGCAGAUUAGCUAUGAAAUUUUGUGGAACAAAGAGUCCUGGUCUGAUAGUUACGAACUCAAGUACAGUCAGGCUGGACUACCACACUGAGGAGGAAGGUCUGAGCAACGGCUGGAGCCUGCAAUAUAGCACACAUGAGGUGAAAUGUCCACACCCAGGGAGUGUGACAAAAGGCAGCAUCACUCCUGAUUUAAAUGAAUACUUUAGUGGAGACUCGAUCCAUGUCACUUGUGACCAAGAAUACAAGUUGAUGAUGGGACAACAAGAGAUUAAGACAUUCUCAGCCAUGUGUCAAAGCGACGGGCAGUGGCAACUCCCUCUCCCAACCUGCAUAGCAGUUUGUGGUCAGCCAACAAAUCACAUCAAUGUGUAUCAGAGGAUCUUUGGAGGCCAGAACGCUCCAGAUAAUACAAUCCCCUGGCAAGUGCUACUGAGU